AUGGAGCUGACCGCCAGUAAAACGGCGGGAGCUUUGGGAGAGCAUAUCGGCAUGAGUCGAGAUAAAAUCGACGAGGUUCAAAUGGCUGUCGUCGAAGCGUGUAUCAACGCCUUCGAGCACAGCGGAUCUGACGACCGCGAAGUGCAGAUUUUGUUGCAGGUUCUCGGUGAAGAAAAGAAUCCUCAGGGUCUGGAAAUCAUGAUCCGAGACCAAGGGAUCGGCUUCUCGCCGGAAGAGGUGGCGACCAAAAAGGGGUCGACAUCGACUUUGCCGCAAAAACGCGGAUACGGCUUAAUGAUCAUUCACGGGCUGAUGGACGAA